CUGCGACACUCAGUCACAGAGAGGCAGAGGUGUGAAUGAGUUAGACAGUGGAAGAAAGACAGAGCUGGAAACUAAUAGCAGGUUUUCUAUUUCAUAUCGGUUGUGCUAGAAUUGAAAGUGGGAAAUAGAUUACAACAUAUCCGGGCGAGAGAGAGAGAGAGAAAAGAGAAAAGAAUAGGAGCACCCUGUAAUUUCUUUUUUUUAGACGGGUUUGCCAAACGUUUCAGCCCGAGUUAAGCAGGUUCUCUAAAGGGACACCGAGGAACGCGGGUUGCAAUGAUAAGGAUUUUGGUUACAUUGCUCUCCGUGGUGUCCAUCACCGGGAUGGCAGAAGGCGCUCGUGCGGUGCACGGAAUGAGUAUGUUCGCGGCUCAAUCCUCCCCUCCGGACCCGUGUUACGACGAGAACGGCAACCCCAGACGAUGCAUCCCCGACUUCGUAAACUCCGCGUUCGGCAAGGACGUGCGCGUCUCCAGCACCUGCGGCACACCCGCGUCCAGGUACUGCGUGGUGACCGAGAAGGGCGAGGAGAGAUCCCGAGACUGCAACAUCUGCGACGCCACGGAUCCCAAGAAGUCCCAUCCACCCGCUUAUCUGACAGAUCUCAACAACCCUCACAACCUCACGUGCUGGCAGUCGGAGAACUACGUGCAGUAUCCCCAAAAUGUCACCCUGACGCUGUCCCUCGGUAAGAAAUUUGAGGUGACUUACGUGAGCCUGCAGUUCUGCUCGCCUCGGCCCGAAUCCAUGGCCAUAUUCAAGUCUAUGGAUUACGGGAAAACUUGGGUCCCCUUCCAGUUCUACUCGACCCAGUGUAAGAAAAUGUACAACAAGCCCAGCAAGGCGGCAAUAACGAAGCAGAACGAACAGGAGGCCAUCUGCACGGAUUCGCAUACAGAUAUGCAACCGCUGACAGGUGGGCUCAUUGCGUUCAGCACCUUGGAUGGCAGACCGUCGGCGCACGACUUUGACAACUCGCCUGUCCUGCAGGACUGGGUCACGGCCACCGAUAUCAAGGUGACGUUCAAUCGGCUCCAUACUUUCGGGGACGAAAACGAGGACGACUCGGAGCUCGCCCGGGACUCGUACUUUUACGCGGUGUCGGACCUGCAGGUCGGUGGUCGGUGUAAGUGUAACGGGCACGCGUCGAAGUGCGUGAAGGACCGGGAUGAUAACCUGGUGUGUGAGUGCAAGCAUAACACGGCGGGACCGGAGUGCGACAGGUGCAAACCUUUCCAUUACGAUCGGCCAUGGCAACGAGCGACGGCCAGAGAGGCGAACGAGUGCGUCGCCUGUCACUGUAACCUUCACGCCCGACGCUGUCGCUUCAACAUGGAGUUAUAUAAGCUAUCAGGGCGAAGAAGCGGAGGUGUGUGUCUCAACUGCAGGCAUAAUACUGCCGGACGUCACUGCCACUACUGUAAAGAAGGCUACUACAGAGACAUGACCAAAGCCAUCUCACAUAGACGGGCAUGCAAAGCCUGCGAUUGCCAUCCAGUCGGAGCAGCCGGUAAAACCUGUAACCAGACAACCGGGCAAUGCCCGUGCAAAGACGGCGUGACUGGCAUCACCUGCAACCGCUGUGCUAAAGGCUACCAGCAGAGCCGCUCGCCCAUCGCCCCCUGUAUCAAAAUUCCCAUUGCGGUACCUACAGCGACCUACAGCAGUCCAGAGGAACCCACAGACUGUGACUCGCACUGCAAGACCACCAAGGGCAAAAUGAAGGUCACAAUGAAAAAGUACUGCAAAAAAGAUUUCGCGGUCCAGGUUCACGUGCUGAAAGGCGACAAGGCAGGAGAAUGGUGGAAAUAUACCAUCAACAUCAUCUCUGUGUAUAAGCAGGGUGGAAACCGCAUCCGCAGAGGAGACCAGAUCCUGUGGGUUCGUGCAAAAGAUGUGGCGUGCAAGUGCCCGAAAAUCAAACACGGCAGGAAGUACCUGCUCAUGGGCUCGGAUGAUGAUGACUCCCGCAGUCAGAGCGGCGUGGUGGCGGACAAAACCAGCCUGCUCGUUCCCUGGAAAGACCUGUGGGCCCGUCGGCUCAGAAAAUUCCAGCAGCGCGACAAAAGAGGAAAGUGCUAAAGGGAAAACGAGAGAGAUUAAAAACAGGAGAGAAAAUAUUGACCCCAGGCACCUACAUGUUGUAUGGUUGUUUGAUGUGAACUGCGCUGGAGGACAACCCGUUCUGCAGUUUUGCCUUCCGUCGUUUAUCGUUUUCCCAUCAAGAUUUUAUUUUUUCAUAUCUUCAAUUUUGCAGAAUUUGCACCUACUUUUAAGUAUACAUGUAUGUAAAGUGGUUUAUGUGUGAACCGUGCUGGUGUCUGUGAUUUCUGUCUUUCACGAAGGAUGAAAACGAAAAAAAGCUACUGAGUCAGUUUAUCUUUGUGAAAGCGCUUGUUCAAUGUCAGUGUGUUGGCUUAUAAGAUGGUCUGAAUAUUUCAAAGCUCAUUUUACAUGCAGUGGGGUCCAAAAGUCUGAGACCACUAGUCCAAGAUUUGUUGGUUCAACAAAAAAAGUUACCUGGUUGCGUAAAAUUUUAAGUAAAUUUAACUUAAAAAUAUAAGUUAACUCAAAAAAGUUGAGUUAAAAAUUGAAGGCAACCAGGUAACUUACUUUAAUAAGUUAAACCAACUUUUUUUAAUUCCAGGAAAUGCGUUAAAAUAUAUGCAUACUGCAGAUAAGUUGAAUUAAAUGUUUGUUCACCUUUUGCUAGAAUUUGUGCAAACCUGAUAAUCCACGAUCCCAGCAAAUCUGAAAAGAAGAUAAAAUUAUUUUAACUUUUGGAUCCCGCUGUAUGAUGUCUAGUUUCAGUAGGGCUGCAUAACAACAAAUGUUUGCAAAAUAAAAGUUUUUGUUUACGUCAUAUGUGUGUGUGUAUUGUGUAUAUAAUUAUGUAUAUAUAAAUACACACACAUGGAUGUAAAAUUUUAAGAAAAAAUAUUUGUAUAUAUUAAGUAUUCAUAUUUAUAUAUAAUAUAAAUUAUAUAUAAAUAUAAAAAUGUAAUACACAUGUAAAUAUUUUUUAAAUAUAUACAUGCAUGUGUGUGUAUUUAUUUAUACAUAAUUAUUAUACACAAUACACACACAUAUAGUAUGUAAACAAAAACUUUUAUUCUGCAAACGAUUAGUUGUUAUGCAGCCCUAGUUUCAUAAGAUUUUAUUUUGAAAGACCAAUAAAAAAUAUGCCAAUCUGUCAAGCCAAUACAUGCCAAAAUUAGGUAUAAGGUCAAACCUUUACAUUUUCUCCGAUACCUCAAUGUCGCUGCAUUUUGAUUGGUUCAAAUGGCAUGACAUCACAAGGUUCAUUUGGUGCCAAAAGCUUUCACUUUUGGCCAUUUAUACUAACUGUGGUAAAUUGUGGACUAGUCUAGAGUUUAGUUAAACAGAUAGAGUAUUAUUUUUAACCACUUUAUGAUUUUUGAUUUGAAAAAAUAAAUAUUUUUAUUACGAACACAUUUACAAGGAAAAUCUUGUUACUUGUUUGCAAAAUUAUUGAGACGACUAAAAUGUGUGGCCAGACUUUACUAGAGCUACUAAAUGUGAGUUCAGUGUUAAUGUUUAGUGUUAAAAUAAUGCAGGAUUUCUUUGUUGAGUGAUAUAACGGCAUUCAGAGCCUCGCCUUUUCCUGAGCCUGUUUUAAUUCACUUCCAGUAUUUUCAUCGGAUGGUAUUCACAGCUAUUUUUAUCAGUGUAUAUAAAACACAAGGUCACAUCCUACAAAAAAAAGAAAAAAAAAAGAAAUGAGAUACUGUAAAAUGCCUCCUAGUUUAUAGUAAAAAAAAAACCUUUGUGUUAUCACUCACGCGGUACCUUUGUAUGUUCUGGUACUUUACUGCGGUGAUAUACUCUAAUGUUAUUUGUAUAGUUGUAUAGUUUUUUCCUUUUGUACAAUAUUUAGUAGAUUAUAUUCACAUGCAAUUAACCAUUUGUAUGCCAUAAACUUGAUAUUCUGAGAAGAUGAAGUUUAGGUUUUCUUUGUUUACAAGAGUUAUAGUGUAUAAGGGGGUUGUACUAUAUGUAUGUGACAUAAACACACGCUUUGAAACUCUGACUGUGGCUAAAAAAUGACUAUAUGAUUUAUUAAAACUCAUCUAUAUGGUCUAUGGUCUCUUGGAGACGUUGUGACCUCACAUGUAGACUCUGACCAAUUUUCCUGCCGUUUGGAAAAUGACUCUGUUGGACUGAUUUUUGAUGAAGACAUUUAUAAAGUUCAUGGUUCUCUUGUAUAUGAUGUUUUACUGUAUACUUUGCAAAAACUGUGUAUUGUCCCGUAAUUCAUACUAAUAUAUUAUGGUUCUCAUAAAUGAGCAUAUUUAAUGAUACAUGAACUCACAUGACGACGUGUUUUAUCUUUGGUUCCAAAUAUUGUACAUAUGAAGUAUUUUUAAAUGUAGCCACAAGCAAAACGUUAAUCAGAGAAAUGAAACUAAAUGCAAGGAAUAAUAAACAAUAAACUGUACAAUUGAAAAAUGUGUGUCUCCUAAAUUGUAUGAUAAUGACGUAUACUGAAUUUUUUUGUGAUUCCAGAAUAAAAAGCCAAGUUAAACAUACGCAAAUACAUCAAGUGAGGGUAAAAGCCCUAAGCGAAGAGUUCGUGUGAACAAUAAAUGUCACAUGCUAGUAAAUUACAGUUCUGUUUUUGUGACAAAGCCCAGCAUCAUCAUUUACUUUGGCUCUUUUGACCUAUUAAAAAUACUGAGGAGGACCUAGAAGGAGCUGUGUGUAUUUUAGAUUAUAACUACCCUGUGAGCAGAUACAGCAGACUACCAAACCCACGACUGGUAAAAGGAUGGGUGCUGGGGGUUCUUAAAAUUAAAACUAAAAAGUAAUUUACUGUCUGUUCGGUUACAGUAUAUCCUGUGUUAGGAAUAUGCAAUAAGCUGUUUCAUCCAUAAUACAAUUUCUGUUAAAAAAACAACAACAGCUGGAAAACUAAAAACAAGAGGACUUGGAAAAUGCAUGUUGAACUGGUACAUCAUUUUUGAUCAGUGUUUUUAUCUGUAUGUAC